AUGAGAGCUCUUCCAGACCCAAGGGCACAGAUUGAGUGGAACGCUGCCUCUAAUGCUCAGCUGAUUCUCAUUGAAGAUGUGCCUGGAGACUCGCAGGAUGACCCAAUCGAUCUUGACCCAGAGGUUGGGUCUCAAGAUAAUCCAUACAAGGUUUAUUAUGAUAAGAACACUUUCAUUUUCUUUGUUAUCUGUCUUUCAAUGUGCAUUUCUUCCUCAUGGUCGAGGCUCCUCAGUCAUACAGGGCCUGUGUACGACACCUGGACAAGACUUGCACCUCUACGUGGUGUUCAGGACUAG